GCUGCUGCGUGUUCUUUUGAGUACCGCCCCUUUACUUGCUCCUCGCCUCCCCGUCCAUACCUUGACGUUGUCGUAAUAGCACGAGCGUCUCCUCCUCCUAGCUCCCCUAAACUUUCUCCUUCAACCCUACAUCACCCUCCGACACUUUUCUUCUCCUCUCCCUUCCCGGAAAGAAUCAACUUUGCGGCCAUCGGUUACUGCAACAGACAGGAUUCUUCUUCAGAUUGAGUUUGAUUCUUGUCAUCGCUAGUCUUUCUUCGCACAAUCAACUUGCCUUCAACUUCAGAACCUCUCCAUCGCUUGAGUAUUCCGGAUCCGAUUCUGCGACAUCGAAAGUCUACCACCAUGUCCUCUAUGCCUCUUGUCUGCGCCUGUGGCGUUGUCAGCAGCUUCGUAGUGAUGAGCAAUGCAUAUGCUUCUGCAUUUCCAACAAGAUCAGUCAGACAGAAGAUGUGUGCUAGAACUGCCGGAAGCCUGAGCAACCUGAUCCAAGAACUGUCAAUGGGGAACACGCCUAUGACGAUGAAAAGGGUUUUCGGGGUAAGGACUCGAUUGCUUCACCAGGAUCAGCAGCGGAAGAUAUACGAGGGGGUGUUCCUACUUACAUCACGUGCCUUCGAUCAGUCGAAGUUGAUCCUUGAAGUCAACCGGACACAAUGAUGUGCCUGUAGUAUAUGCUUUUCACAUGUAGAGAGUUCUUGUUCUUUUAAACAAAAUCAUAGAGUUUGUUUCCAGGGGAAACUCAAUUAAAGAAUAACCGACA